AUGUCAUUAUCAGGCAUCGAACAGGAUGUGGACUGCAGUAUUGAGUAUGAUAAUGACAUUGGACCGUGUCUUUCUAAACACACAUCCGUCGAUAGUGACCAUCACUACUGGGAGAGCCAACUCCGACUAGGUCUGGCAGAUAUCUCAAAGGUCGACGAAAAAAAGUUUCGGUAUUUUGAUGAUAAAGGCAUUUUCAACUUUCUCUUCCUUCUGUGGGUCGGUAAGUGGACGAGGUAUAUCUCUUCCAAAUAUGUUGAACCAUACAAGCUACACCCACUGCCUCUAUCUGACCAGAUUCUUUACUGGCAGCCCAUUUUCUCUAAACACGUAAGCGAUGGGCUCUUCCGUCUGGAAUCGUGUGAAGCAGACAGAGCAAAUUGUGGAACUGGAAACAAGAAACUUAAGCCCUUCAAGUCAAUUCUCAUUAGAGCGAUUGUUCUCACAUUUUGGAAAAGGGCGCUGCUAGGACUAAGUGGAAUUGUUAUAAUGAACAUAUUGGGUAUGAGCGCUGCAAUACUGGUUAAUGAACUGCUCAAACGGCUCUCGAAAAAGACAUUUGACCUUGUGCCAAUUUUCUUGUUCAUUGGUUUUAUUGCAGUUAUUGAACCUAUAUCAUCCCUUUUUAUUGAUCACUUUACCUUCUACUUGUAUAGGCUAGCACACAUUAUUCAAUACUCCUUCUCCAUUACUGUUUUUCAACAUGGGAUAUGUUAUAGGAGGAACUACUAUAACCAAGUCAAUGGAACGGACAAUUUGAAUAUGUGUAACUCUGUUGUACACUCCUGUUCUGGAAAUUCGCCCUGUUCAAAGAAUCCUCUACUCUGCUCUGCUCAACGUUAUCAGAAUAAGGAACUUACACCAAGGAUAUUCUCCUUUGAAUUUAUCGACUCUUAUUACAUUUCCCUCUUUUUUGAAUCAUUAAUGACAAUAACACAGUUUCUUUGCAACUUUGUCUAUGGAACAAUACUUAUUCAUCGACAAAUUAACAUUAAUGUUUGGCCCUUGUUUUUGGUCUGUUCACUAUUUGUGCUACUCAUGAUCGUUGUGGAAAUAAUUAAUACGUUUAUCUUAAAGUAUGUUUACGCCCUUAAGGAUUAUAGAAUUGCUAAAUGCAGUGAAACAAUUUCCGGCCUACACCUAAUCAAGAAAAUGUUACUAGACGAUGUCGGCCAUAAUGCUAUUACAGAGGCUAGGAAUGAUGAAUUAAACCUGGUAAUUCUUAGAUUAUUUAUGUCAUUUACAAAUAAAAUUUUGUUUACGCUGACCAUCACAAUUAUGUUCCUGGUCAUAUUAAACGAUUUUGUUGAACAACUUAAAAAAGUUUCAAACAUAUCGGAAAUCAACACACAUGGCCUAUUAGCCAUGUUGUACGUUCUUUUGAAGAUCAUUUACUCCAUAUCAUUACUCCCUCACGCAAUCAAACAUUUUACAACAGCAAUAACAUCGUACUCUAGGAUAUCCGACUUUAUCAAGGAUUGUUCUCCAAAUUUCUAUAUAAGUGACAACAAAUUUACCGGUACAACGGAAAUGUCGGUUGAUAAAGAUAAGAUUAAUUAUAACAUUCCUGAAGAUGUAAUGAUAAUAUUUAAUGGUGCCUCGUUUACCUGGCUCCAUAGCAGACAAGAAGUGCUGAAUCCUAAUAAGGAUCAACACGUAAACUUAAGGGAUGUCGACUUUGUCCUUAAAAAGGGAACUAUUGCCAUUGUCACUGGUGCUCAGGGUUCUGGUAAGACCAACUUUGUAAAGGCUAUUCUUGGUGACAUGACUCUGGUAGAAGGAUCAAUGGCUGUCUUGCCUCUCUCUACCAAUAUGCCAAUAUUCUAUGCCUCUCAGGAUGUAUGGCUACAAAAGGGUACCAUCAGAUCUAACAUUACAUUUGGUCACAGAUUUGAUGAGGAGCUUUACAACACAGUCAUCAAGGCAGUUGAGCUAGAGCAUGAUAUAUCCACCUGGGAAGGAGGUGACAUGCGUAAGAUCUCUGAACAUGGCUACUCUCUCAGUGGAGGUCAGAGAGUCAGAGUUGGACUUGCUCGUGCCAUCUAUGCCUAUCUUAUAUUCAGUAAGACUAAUGGGGAAGAGAAUAAUUCAAAACAUUCCUUCCUUGUAGUACUGGAUGACUCAUUUACUGGUCUAGAUCCAUUUGUAGCCAAGACAAUCUUCAAGAAUCUUUUUAAUUUCAAUGACGGAUUACUGGUAAAAGAUGAUGUUUCUAUAGUAUUUACAACUUCGAAGCGUAUUUUGGACAUUUGUGUAUCAUCUGACUCACCAGAUUCCUUUGCUGAUAUAUCCCUCUACUCGAUCGAAAACAAACGUAUUAAAUCUAUCGGAAACAUUUUAUCAUUUAUAAAAAAUAAGGAAGAUGUUGAUGAAGAACCUGUUGGUUUCGAUUUGAGCUCAAAGGCCGUCUUAAAAAAUGAUUUAUUUGGUGUUGAAAAUGUUAUUAAAAUGUGUGAAUCAGAUUCAUUUACCCGGCUUGGGCGUAGGAAUACUGUAAAACAAAAUUAUAAUCGGCAUGUAGAUGAUCCAAAACACAACUUUGAUAAGGGUAAAAAGAAGUCUCAUAGCAGUGCUUACAGAACAUAUUUGAUAUAUUUUUCAGCGGUUUGGAUACCGUUUGCAAUAUUCAUUUUCUUAACUUUUGUUUCCACAAUUUUGGAUAAUAUCAAGUUUAUCUUUUCUUCAGAUUUAUCGGACUAUAUUAAAGAGCGUACCACUGACGUAACUACCUUAUCGGAUCUGAUGAAAAAUCACGUGGAGGUCAAGGAUUAUAGUGACAAGACCCUUAAAACUAUAACAUGGGUCUCGGUUUUAGUUAUAGCAAUGUCGUUAUGCUCAAUGAUUGUACUGACAUUUUCUUGUAUCAUUGCCUCUCGCAAAAUUCACGAGUAUUGUGUCAACUCAAUAAUCAAUAGAAGAGCAAACGAAGUGAAAACUCAUAGAACAAUUAGUGAUAUUAUCACAUUUCUUUCAUCUGAUAUUUUUUUAAUUGAUGAAAGUUUGGGUUAUGCAAUUUCAACCACUCUGGUAUCGUUAGUCGAAACGAUUAUUCACUUGCUCACACUCUGCUUUUUAUUUCCAAUCUAUACACUCUUAUUUCUUGUGGCAUGUUUUAUCAUUUUUAAGUACAUUUUUAUACGCUAUAUUAGCGCUUCUAAAAACUUACAACUCGCGGUAUUGGAAUCAACGUCCCAUAUAAACUCUGUAUGCGACAGUACUAUAUUCGGAUCUUCUGUUUACCGCAGUUUCAAGAAGGAAUGGGAGUUCUUGCAUUCUGUUAUAGAACACACAGAAUAUAACAUGAGAUGUAAUUUUCUAAACAAGGCUAUUUUGACAUGGGCAUCUAUCCGUUCAAAGUUUUAUUUUUACACAAUGAACGUGUUUGUUUUGGUACUUCCGGUAAUACAUUCACGUCUCGUUGAUAAGAGGCUUCACUUAGGAUACUAUGGUUUAGCUAUAUCACUGAGCAUGAUUGUAACACACACCUUUACAAACUUUAUGGUUAGUGUCGCUAGAAUGGAAACACUAAUGUGUUCCAUGAAGAGAUUUGAAAGCUUUAUACCAACUGGAAGUAAGUGCACAUUUGAAAAAAGGAAAAAUAUACAUGAAGAAGAUUUGAUUAUUAACCUAUCCAGUAAUGAUAGUUACAUUGAUAAAAUUUCAUCGGCCGAGGGGAAAAAGAGUUCUCUCAUCAAGAGACGUAAUAUGGAAUACCUCUCAUCAAGAAAAACUUGUUAUCGCUUCGCAUCGUUGUUAUUUAACCCCAAAAUAAACAUUGUUGAUGUAUCUCAGCACAUCUCGUCUUAUCAUGUUGGAGUGCAAUUGCAAAAUGUAUUUGUAUAUACUUCAUCUGCCAAUUUUGGCAGCUUCAAAGGAACUAUACUAAAUAAUAUAACAGCAACAGCGUGUGCUUCUGACAUUAUCGGUAUCAUUGGUAGAACUGGAGCAGGGAAAACUACUUUGCUUUCUGUGCUUCAAAAUCUGGCAGAGAACAGACAAGGAUCCGUUCUCCUAGACGGUUGUGACUUGAAUGAUAUACCAAGCACUGUAACCAGACAGAUUAUUGGUGUUCUUCCUCAACUGCCCUUCGUAUUCAGGGGAUGGACUGUUCGUAGAUUCAUUGAUCCAAGGAAACUGUUUGACGACACUGACAUUGAAUCAGCCUUGGAUAGUUGUGGUUUACUCAAGUUUGUUAAGAAUCUUCCAGGUGGAAGAGGACUAGACACUGUAAUAAUUCCAGAAUGUAUCGAUGACGACGUGCCAAAGUAUAUCAAAAGAAGACACAGUGGUGGAUCAAACAACACUAGUACGUUCAGCUCCCACCGCUCUCUAACGUUGGACAAUUUGGAUGAAUACUACAGCAAUUGUAACAUGAUGUUAUCCAGCACACAGUUGCGUACAUUGUCACUAGCAAGACUAGUAUUGUAUAGGCACUUCUAUAGGCUAAUCCUAGUAGAUGAACCGCCGUCGGAAAAUUGUAAUGAUAUCAAUCAAAAUGGUGCAAACGAAGUUGGCAUUCCAAUCUACGAACUACUCAAGCGGUACUUUAGGCAUUGCACAACCUUUAUCACCGCUCAUGAUGCAAACGCCCUCAAAAUGUGUACAUCCGUAUGGAUUCUGCACAAUGGGUGUUUGAUUGGAACAUGCAAUCGUGAUGAUAUUUUAUUUAAUGAAUCAAUUUCAAAAAUUAUUGAAAAGAACAAGAAUCUAACAAGCACCACUUGA